UUCUUCCGGUUUUCAUUUUGCUUUACAGCGCGAGAAAGAAGAAGCUGCUGAGGGGCAAAAAAAAUGUCUUCAAUGGCGGAGUGGAAGCAGAAAUGCGAUUCAGAGUGGAAACUGGCGGCUAAAGGAGUUCCUUUGCCGGACGACGUGGACUGGAAAACCGUAUAUGAGAAGAAACCACUGGAGCGGAAUUUACUGAAGAACCCGUCGCCUUACGGUUUGAAUCAUGACACUCCGCUACCCGAACCGGAGCUCAGAGAACGUCCGGACCCUGACCAGCCACCACAGUAUGAACCGACAGGUGAUUUCUCAGGUUGGAACACUAGUACAGAGCAUUUGCCACUGGAUACCAGCGGUAUUCCUCCAGGUGUCGUGGUCUGCUAUAUGCCAAACUUCAUCUGGUUCUCCAUGGAGCAGCAAGUCGAUCUGAAGGCUGAAGGACUGUGGGACGAACUACUCGACACGUUCCAGCCGGUCAUAGCCAUCGAGGACUGGUAUGAGGAGAGUCAACUCCAUACUUCUAUCUAUGAGCUUCAUGUGAAACUCUUAGCUGCUGAUGGCCAAACUGUGAUUAAGGAAUACACAUGCAGUCCCACAGAGGACCUGGAGGUCUACUCUCACAACUGGAAACAGGUUUCCCACGUGUUCUCAGGCUACGGGCCCGGCGUGAGAUACGUUCACUUUCUGCGCAAAGUAAAAAAUAAGUUCAUGGUUGAAUUCUUUGAAACCAAGGUCACUGGGACUUCAGUUGUCGUCAAGGCAACCAAGUCUAGCUCAUGAUUUAAAAACAAUGCCAAAUACUGUGUACUUCCACUGGAAACUGUAUUGCACAAAGGUAUUACACAAUUUAAUAAACCAAAGCUUUUCUCAA